GCCUGUAUUCAUAGCUGGGAGCUGGCUUCACUUGGAGAAAAGAGUUUAGGUGCCGUUUGGCGGGGUUUCAAAGCUGAUAUCGUCGGCUCGCUCCAUGGGACAGUUAAUGCGUUCGCAUUGAUAUGUUUAUGCUUUUAGCUUCGUGAUUAUUUUUUUAACGUUCUAGUUCGCUAAUCUGCUUCCCGAACGAUAUUAUAGUCCUUGUGAUUCGCCUCGCCAUGCUCGAAGUGACUACAGCGUAUUUCUUUCUACCUACAAACUCUGACAACGAUAUCUCUCUCUCUUUUUAUCUGGUUGCAGUGGGCAUUGAUAGGCGUCCUCGCUGCAAUGCACGGCGCAUCGGCGGGCAGAUACACCCACUUCCAAGAGGACGCCUUAGUUGAGCCAGCUGUCCACGCGACCCCGGCCUUCGGGGAUCGUACGCAAGGACACGGGGAUGCAGCCCACCACGUCGAGGAACCUGAGGAAUACCCGCCACAGCCGCACGCUUACCAGUUCGCCUACGAAAUCAAGGAUGAGCACGGAAACACGAGACACCACAAGGAAGAGAGCGACGUCCACAACAACCGCAAGGGCUCGUACAGCUACCGCGACGCCAACGGCGUUUACCGGGUGGUCAACUACGUGGCUGACAAAGGAGGCUUCAGGGCAUGGAUCAGGACGAACGAACCGGGCACCGCCAACCAGAACCCAGCCCACGUGCGCAUCACGGCCAGGGACCCGCCGCCGCACGUGGUCGAGGCGGCUCAGGCGAAACCUCCGCACAAAGAGGACCAACCCCCGCAUCACCACGAGCCCGAAGACUUCGAAUCGGCAAGACCAGCGGUGGCUGCCAUACCCGCUUUCACGCAUCCGGGUACACUACCAAUCCACACGGUGCAUCCGGCAGGCGCGGUGGCCGCUCCCGAAGUGGCUGCGGUGCCCGCGUUCCACCAUCCAAACCCCGGCCACCGUGUGCAGGAAGUCGAUGAGUUUGGCCCGUCCCACGGAGGCUCUGUCGUGGGACACCAUCCCGCAUUUCAGGGCCCCGAGCCCGCGAGGCUUCACAAGUUUACGCUCAACGACGCCAGGGUUUAUGAAGGCUCCCACGAUCAACUUCCCCAUCCGGGUUACGGCGGCACGCGUCCCCACAGCGUCGUAGAGAACAGGGCAUCUAGCGCUCCGUAUUACUAUCAACAGCAGGUGGAACAAGUUCCCUUUCUGAAGUACGGAGCACGAGCCCAUGCCCCGCCGGAGCCGAAACACGGUUACUACUCACAGGUGGCGUCUCAUGUCACCGAUUCGGUUCCAGACACGGUUCCGGUCUACAAGUCAAUUCGCAAUUUCCCGAGGCUGCAGAGCUCUAUCAAAGACGCCGACAAUCCUGAGGUUGAGAGUACGAAGCACGGCAUACCGGUGGGGGUAACUUACAUCAGGAACCCGGAGCCACAACCGUCCUUCCGCCGUUCAGCGUCCUUCGACGUGGAGCCCAGCGGAGUGGCUGCGAGGUAUCAGAAAUACCUUGACUGGAACCGCAACGGAAAGUUCCGCGACUAAGUCGCCUACUCGUAUUAGCUCCUCGUUUCCUACGUCCGGCGAGAGUCUCUCUUGUAAAUACUCAUUCUGAUUUGCAUGAGUUGUUGCGGCUGACAGCGUCUGCGGACGCUGGAGUUUGCGUGGAUGAGUGUAGCCUCGUGGGUUUUUGCGCAGGUACCCUAAAGCACACGGGGCGCAUUUUGAUUUGGUAGUCGAUUUCACGCAGUUAAAAUAACUGAUGUUGCUUUUUCUUUUCGUAUGUUAGGUACUUCUCGCCUUCACUUCUUUCAAUCAACUGUAUGCGCGAAGACGUUACUCCGGCCAUGUAAUAGGAGCGUGUUUCGCAACCAACUAUUUACGAUUGAGGACACAACUAGAAACAAAAAUGAGCGAACCUUCUUCUCGGAGCGGUGAGACUCGUUUAAACAUUGGUGUCGUUUUCUUUGUGAUAGCAAUUCAAGCUGGUCUUUUUGAGGACGCAUCAUCAUGUUACAUGUUUCGCUAUAUUCAAUUGUAGGGCAACAUUGUUUCUUGCAUGUUCAAGACUUUUUUGUUCGUGGUUUUUGACAAAAAUAAAAAAAAUAAAAACGUUGAAACGUU